CUGUUUGCAUGCGAGCAUUCGUGGAAAUGCCAUUGAAUCAAAGCUAGGGGUGGUGGGUGGGGGAGUUCAUCCUUUUCCAUGACGAUGCUUCUACUUCUGUACCAGUGUACCGCACCCACCCUAUCGUUGGAAACAGACCCCCGGCCCCUCGCACGGCGCGCGCAUGGCGGUAGGCAGGAUGCUGGAGCUCCUCGUCUUCUUCUCCACGGCCGGCAGCUUGCUUCUCGACUUGGCGGCGGUGUUCCUCUGUAUCCUGGCCGGCCCAUACUACCCGACGUUUAGGCUGCCCAACCAGUUGAUGUGGUGGACUUCCUUCUGCGGUGCCGUCCCGUGGGGUGCCGUGCUGCUGAUGUUACAGGCCAACUGCUGGUGUCACGGCUGGGAGGCCACCAACGUCGACCUCCUGGUCCUGAGCGCCGUGGAGUGGGUCGUCGCGUGUUCCACCUUCGGCUCGGCGUGUGCGGCCCUCGCCGUCGACCAGCUCGCCAUCCAGCACAGCUACUGCGGCCCGAGGGACGCCGUGUGCUCAAUGUACCUUGUGGCCGCCGCGAUCUCAUGCGCCGCCGGGGCUCUCGCCGCCGCGUCGGCCUUGGGGAUGCUCUGGAUCCUCGCCUCCCGGUUCCGCCCAGUUCACGCGGCCUAGUCAGGCUCAGCUCACGUAGUGACAUGCCGCGUGCUCUUGUUAGAGCCCAGGGAAGCACUAGCUAGUGUCGUGGUUAGAGAUUUAGUACGUACUCCCUCUGCUUGCUGAUUUCUUUCGAAUCAGUUACGUGGCUUGUAGAAUUGGUGUUCAAUUACAAAAUGAAACUGGUAGGGUGAUUCC